UCAGGACCAGGUGUCCUGUAAAUUAAAGUGAUGUGUUAAACCCAUGAGGUUAUGUAAACACAAGGGGGCACUGUCUUUCUACAGUUUGAAUGUGGUUGCAUAACUUGUGUAAGUCUUGAACAGGCAAUAUCUUGGAAGUAUUUUCCACUUGUUGCUUUCAGCAUUUGCACACUUAAAACAGUCAGUAUGGUAGUUUACCCACACUUUAAGUUGGUAUAUCCCUUUCUGCCAUACAAACAGAUGUAUCUUUCAGAAUAUGGUAAAUGUAAUUUACAUAUUUGAUGUUAGUUGAUCAGAUUCUAUAAAAGAAUAAAAAGCAAGCCCCAAAACAUAUUUAUUUUCUUACUAAUAUGUUUGAGGAGUGGUUAGGAUUAAGAAACAAAACAUUUGUAAUGCGGCUAAUAAUAGAUACAUUGGCAUUAUUUUAAGUGUGAAACAUUUUAUUUCUUGUCCUAGCUACUAAACCACCAAGAUACAAGUGUGGACUGUCAAAGCCCUGUCCUGAAGGUCACUUUGCAUUUAAAAUGGCAAGUGGAGCAGCAAGUGUCGUUGGCCCAAAGAUGUGUUUGGAAGACAACAUAUUGAUGAGUGGAGUCAAGAACAAUGUUGGAAGAGGAAUAAAUAUAGCCUUAGUAAAUGGUAAAACCGGAGAAUUAAUGUCAGCAGAGUCUUUUGAUAUGUGGGCUGGAGAUGUAAGUCCUUUAACUGCAUUUCUUAAAACUAUCCAGGACGGGACAGUUGUGAUGAUGGCAACUUUUGACGAUGGUGCAACAAAACUCAAUGAUGAAGCAAGAAAACUAAUAAGCGAUUUGGGAAGUACAAGUAUUAGCACUCUUGGAUUUCGAGACAACUGGGUCUUUGUUGGAGGAAAAGGAAUUAAAACAAAGAGCCCCUUUGAGCAGCUUAUUAAGAACAAUGCGGAAUCCAAUAAAUAUGAAGGCUGGCCAGAAGUCUUGGAAAUGGAAGGCUGUAUCCCCCAUAAACAGGACUGAGAUUUGGGACUUAAUUGUGGACGCUAUCUCUAUUGUACAUUUGUAUACUCAUGAAGAAUAGGACAGAAAAUACUGUCCUUAUGGAUCUUUUUUCCCAUGACCGUUAACCAAAAUGCAUGAAGAACACUGUGAAAGCUCCUGUGUUAUAUGUAAAUAUGAUCAGUACCCAAUAUCGUUACCAGAGGAAUCAAAUGUUUAAGUAGGGUUUUAGUAUUGCUAUUUUUAUAUAUUCUAUUCACAAUAUCUGUGAAUGUACUGGAAGAGUUUCUCCAUGAAAGUAUUUAAACAAUCUCUGCGUCCGUCGUGGUUGUUUCCGUUGAGCUAGUAGUGUCCAGUGGCUGGGAUGCUGUCAAGGAAUGCUUCAGAUUUAAUAUUUUUAUGUAGGGGACCAGCAACAUUUUCUUGUUUCCAAUCUGAUUAAGGGAGAGAGUAGAGGUGAUGUGUCUAAUGAUUCUUAUUUUUUUCUUUAUAUUAAGCCUUUUUGCUUAUUAAUUGUGUGAGAAUAUGGUGUGGUCUUGAUGGGGGGAGGAUAAGUUUUUAUUGUUGCUGUCCUGGAAUUAUGAGUGUUUGAAGGAGGAGCUCUGGAGACUACUGGGGAAACAAUCAGCCUCUCCAAUCUUUAAAUGUAUAACGCAAUUAUAGGCAGCCUACAAUUUUAUCAUCAAGGAAUUACAAGUAAAAUCAGGUGACAAGAUUUGAAAAGGCCUUAGGCAUGUUUGUUUGUCCUGUUGCCAAGAACAGAAGCAAUAAAGUGCUUGUCUCUUCCUUCAAGAUGUUAUUAACUGUUGGUGUUUUUGUUUGCAUUUUGAAAGAACUCCACUUUGAUGCAAGAUUAUUUCUUUUAAACAUGAAUUUAUUUAUAUUUUAUAAACUGCUGUGAACCUUUGGUAGAAAGAGUUAAAUGCAAUACCCCAGCGGAGAAUAAAAAAAGACGAUAGCUUCAGUCUCCAUGUAACAUUUUGCUCUGUCACUGACUGGGGAGUUGGAAAUCUAGGCGGGGAACUAUCAAACCAAGCCAUCUUUGUUGAACAGGGCACAGAAGUGCUGCAUUUUUAAAUUAAGAAACUAGACAUAUGUAGGCAGUUUAAGAUCUGGUUCAAUGAAGGUUGAUAUUCUUUUUUUUUGUUGUUGUAAUCAGGAAAGUGUGUAUAUUCUGUACAUUAAGUAUUUAUAAUCAGACUAGGGAGGCAUGGCUGUGGGUCUCGGGGCAUCUAAGUAUAAUUUGUACGUUCUUCGUGUAUUUGCGUGAGUUUUCUCCUGGUACUCUGAUCUCCUUCCGCCACCCAAAUAUAAUUCUGACUAGGUUUGAUUGGAGAUUUUAAAUUGUCAUUUUCUCUAUAGCCUUGUAAUACACUGGUAUCCUGUCCAGGAUGUAAGCAGUUAUGCUCUUGGUCUCACAUACACCAUGGCCCAUACUUCUGGUGACAGGCAGAAACGAUCAUAGCCAGUUAAGGGUGUAUUCACACUAGGCUCUAACCCCCCCCCGCCCAAACUAAAUACAGUUCAUUUAGUUUGAAUGUGCAAUAUAAGUAUUCCAAAAGCAUUUGAUUCAGAGUGAUUCAGAGAGUUUUAAUUGAAUUCAAACCUUUUCCUAUGAAACACUUAAGGUAUUCAUGUAAACUUCCAUCCACAUUGAAAGCUCAAAGCCUGAGUGAUGGAAGCCAUCAUUGUUGUAAUCAAGAAUAUUGCAUAAUUAUCUGGGUUUUAUGUACUUGCACAUGGAAAUUUACACAUUAUUAACCAAUUAUAUUAUAACCAUAAUGUGCAUAGCACACAAGUAGUGUAUUGUAAUAUCAAACUGUCAUUUCAACAUAUAUUAAAACGGGUUAAAAAGCCUUUCACUUAAACUUUUUUAACGUUGCAAUGUUAUACGUUUUUGAAAACAUUAUUGAAUAUAUAAGAAACCUGUCAAUAAACAAAAAGAAACACUUUAUGGUGAUGUCCUCGUACAGUUAUAUGGACUUUCUGGUGGGGCCGUUGACUGGAAGGUGCAUAAAACCUGAAAAGGGCCAGAAAACUUCACAGAUUUGCUUGGUAUCUGUUGUGCUAGGGCACAGUGGUUGUUGUCCAAAGAAUUUUACAAGGUAUCUUUUAAUAAAUGUAAAAAAAAAAGUGUACAAAAAUGUUUAACUGAAUCAUAGAAGUGAACUCUGUUCUUUUUACCCCAGGGUUUAUUUCCAUGUGAGUUUAGUUCACCUCAGAGAGCUAUAGAAAGGUCCCUAAGUGAAUGAUGGUGUGAGCAAUGUGUUCUUUGAGAUGGCUUUCAUUCUUGUAUUGAAUGCACCAUGUUGCCUUUGUAAAUUAAUGAAGCUAUUUUUUGUACUGCUGUCAUAGUGCUGCAUUUGGAAAAUAAUGAUACACAUUCCCUUAUAUUUCAUUUAUAUCUAUCUUGUCCUGUAAUACAUCUUAUGUAUGUUAGACGGUGCUGUUGGCAAUUGUUAGGUUGGUUUAUAUAACAGGAAUAUUCCUAUUGUACUUUGUUGAAUUGCUCUAUGCUUAACCUAAAAUCUUUUCUCUGGCCAAGAAAACAAUUUAGAACUGGCUACUAAGGAAUCCAUUAGCACAACUCGAAUGGAUUUAUAUUAUUGAAGUUAUUUUUGUAGACAUAUUUUAAAAUGUUUUCCAGACUGAUUUUUAUAUUUUUCUGAAACGUAAUUAAUGCACUAUUGGAAAUGCAGUAUCUUUGAGAUGAUGUAACUUGUAUAUUUUGCUAUGAAAAUGGGCCAAUCCAACACAGAUUCCUGGGCAGAUCUGUAUUUGACAGGGGUAAAUCAUGCAUACAAAAAUCUACAAAAUAACUUAUUAGAUCACCUGAUUUUAAGAUGUAGCCAGUCAAGGUUCUGGAAAUUUCCACUGCAGGAAGAGCUUUUCAGCUUUGAGUUUGAGGCAGAUUUUUCCAGUUCAUCUUUCUAGAAUAUGCAGACAAAUUUGAAAGUGGAAGACUUUUGCACAAAGAUGUUUAUUGGUAGUUUUUGAAAACGUAGCAUCGCUCUCUCUUGCUUUUAAAAUAAAUUACUUUGUACAUAUGAAAGAAUUUGCUGUUUUGCUGUAUACUUACAAUCUCGCUCAGGGUAGGUUUUUCCAUGAGGUUUGUCCCUUUCAUUUCUCUACGUGAUUGGAUACAUCUACCCUGUGUUACCUUGUUACCUCUGGGAUAUAAUAAAGCAUGAAAUUAAUUUGCUGUUGAUUCCAGAGCGAAAUGAUAAGUUGCUGUAUAAAAACAAAAUUAGUGCCUUUUAAUAAUAGGACACUGAAAGUCAGUUCUGCUGAAGUUUUCUUAUUAGUGUUUUGACCUUUACAAUAUUUUAAAAAAAGCUUCAGAAUAUCUUUUGGUGUGGGCUUUUCUUUUAUUUGUAUUGAGCUCCUUAAGACUCCAGACCAAAGAUUUGAAUGCAGGUCCACAAAAAUAAGAUUCUAUGUGCUUGGGUGCGAUUCACCUGUGCCCUUUACUUUGGAAGACCGACAUUUAAUUCUGGUGUUUGGAGACCUUCAUCCUCUGUCUUUCAGUGUGCUGCUGUACAUUAUUGUGGAUAACAUUGUUCAUGUGGACAUUACCUAAACAAACAUUUCUGUGCAGUGGUUCUCUGUUCUCAAAUACUGCAUGUUGGUAAGGUGGUGUUCUUUCUGUACCUCAUCACUACAGGUGACAGUUAACUAAAGUUUGUAGAAUGCUAUAAGGAUUUCUAAAAUGUGUAUCUUGCAAGACUUGAACAUUAUUUUCUUGUUUUGCAAUGGGUCAUUUUUAGGAUGAGAGCUCAGUUAUCCUAUUUUCUGUUUGGAACUCCACAAAAAAUGUAUGUUAUACUUAUUCAGUAGACUGAUUAUGAUGCGCUUAAGCUUGUUUGCACCAAUGGUGAAUGACUGGAUGUUAAUUAUAAUUAAUUAAAAAGCAGGCUUACUUGUUUGUGAAAAGAAUGAAUAAAAGUUGCUUAAUUAAAAA